AUGCCUCAGCAAAACACCACAGAUACAGAAAAGCAAACAAAUAUUACAGAGUUCAUCCUUGUGGGGUUCGGGAAUAUCCAAGAACUUGAAACUCUUCUCUUCUUAUGCUUCCUGGUUAUCUACAUGGUGACCUUGGCUGGGAACAUUCUCAUGGUUAUACUUGUUGUAGCUGAUAGGAAUCUUCACACUCCAAUGUAUUUAUUCCUUGGGAAUUUUUCCUGCCUGGAAAUCUUCUAUAGUUCAACCAUCCUGCCAAAGACUCUGGCCAGCCUUCUGACUGGGGACAGAAGCAUUUCAUUCAACUUCUGCCUUGUGCAGCAUUACUUUUUUGCAUCUCUGGGGGCAGUUGAGUGUUAUCUCUUAUCCGUGAUGUCCUAUGACCGGUACUUAGCUAUAUGCUGGCCCUUGCAUUACACAAACCGUAUGAAUGGAAAAUUCUGUGUACAGUUAGUUGGCAGUUCUUUUCUCAGUGGGUUUCUAGCUAUUUCUAUAACAAUAAUAUUAGUGUCCAGGUUAGCUUUUUGUGGCCCCAAUGAAAUCAAUCAUUUCUUUUGUGAUGUUUUUCCUCUCAUCGAAUUGUCUUGCAGUGAUACCCAUCUUUUGAAAAUCUUCCUUUACCUUGUCGCUUCUGUUUUUACCCUUCCUCCAUUUUUAUUGAUCCUCAUAUCAUAUGGUUGUAUUAUAACCACCAUUAUGAGAAUCCCAUCCACCAGUGGCAGGCAAAAGGCUUUUUCAACCUGCUCUUCUCAUCUUAUUGUGGUUACCAUUUUUUAUGGUACAAUAACAAUUGUUUAUAUAUUGCCCAAUACUGACACACUGAGAGACCUCAAUAAAGUCUUAUCUGUUUUUUAUGCGGUAUUGACUCCUAUGAUAAAUCCACUUAUCUACAGCCUGAGAAACCAAGAAGUAAAGAAGGCACUGAGGAGACAGAUUGAUCAGCUAUUUGCAAAAACAUAG